UGAUAAACAAUGGAGGAAAGUCGGACACCUUCCCCUACUUCAGAAAAAUCAAAUUCAGAGAUUAAGAGCAGUGAUUCAUUUCAGGAGUUGAUGCAGAUUAUUAAAAAUGAACGCACUAAAGAAUCUACUAUAAUUUCCACAGACGGAUUUGAGGUGAUGAAUGAUUCCACUUCCUUUUGGACUGAUAUCUUUACCAAGUACUUCAUUGAUCCUUCCAAAUUGCCUGAUGAUCAGAGAGAUGACAUGUUGUUUUAUGUCAGAAAAACUCACAAUCCAAAAAACAAGUCAUUUACAUUUAGACCUGAAAUUGAAGUAUAUAGAAGAGACUCUAAGUCGCUCCCCGCCCUUGAGGAUAAAACAAUAGACUGGGAGGAGACUGUGUACAUGAACAUUAUAUCACACCAGCUUGUGUACACAGCCACAUGUGCAGUUUGUACAAGAACAAGUGAACAUCAUCUUCAAAUUCUUAGAAAAUUCUCACAGAGAGUUUACCCUUCUCCAAGUAAAAGAAGAAUGGAUGAUAAAGGAACGGAAGAAGAACUCACUUAUCCUAACAUAUAUUUUACUGUUGAUAACUUUGAAGAGGCUUUUGGAGACAUAGUGGUAAGAGAUGGCGAGUUAGUGUCUGUAGAACUAACAGCAUCAGACAGGCAUGGCAGGGCACAGGGAGUUAUCUUUCUUGGAGCAGUGCGUUAUGAAGUUCUGAAGAAAGUGUACGAUGCCAGGUUGAGCCUGACGUCAAAGAUGAUGCAGACCAUGUCUUUAGGAAUGAUAAAACAGAACAAGAGGGUGGAGUUUGUCAGGAUGCGGGGGCCAAAGAGCAAAGGUCAUGCAGAGAUUGCUGUCAGUAGAGUCCCGGGGUCAGGUCCAGAAACACCCAACAAAGAAAACUUCAAACUAGAGGAUUUCAACGAUGAACAGGCUCAGGAUCCCAAUCAACAAAACCAGUACACACAUCGCAGGAUGAGUGAUCCAAGUGAAUCGUUCGGUUCAUUGGUUCGGGGAGGGAUCCGUCGUCUCAGCAUGAAAAAGUCACGUUCAGAAACAGAGGAUGUCAAUGCCGGCAUAGUCAACUGCCAGGAAGUGGAAGCUACGACAUUACAGAGUGAAUUGGAGCAGUCUACACAUGCUAAUGGAUUCUUGGGCAAAGCCUUUGGACAGGCCUGGAUGCUUUUCAAAGAGCAGAAGAGAGCCACAAGUGUGGCACUGAAUUCCUAUCUCACAUACAUUACCCUCCCGUGGCAUUGGAUCAUAGCAGAUUUAAUCGAUGCGCAGCAGAAACCAGUGUUAACAUCCUGAUAGAUAUUCUCUUUAGUUUAUUAUGUCUUAUUCCUCCAAUUGAUACUCAAACACAUGGCUGUGUUUUCUCCAAUGCCAGCGAUGGAUCCAUAUAGAUGGAAAUCAUUUCAGGAUAGACACUAUUGAUGUUCAGAAUGUUAGGUCCAGAAGGAAGUCUAGUCAGAAGAUAAUUUAUUGGUUGUCUUUAGACCAAAUGUGAUAAGUGAAAUGGGAAAUAAUACAUUCAUAUUGUGGUUAUUUAAACAUGCUAAUAUUAUUUAGUAUAAUAUAUGGUACAUGUAAAUUGUAAACAAAAUGGCCACUUCUCAGGUAACAUCCUAUUUAAGAUUCAAUAUAAGGCAUCCAUGAGAUCAUAUUUUUUUUUACAUCUAGUUAUGCCAAAUACAAAGCAUAAAAAGUAGCUGAAUUUUGUCUUUGGAGCACAUUCCAGCCAAAAUGUUUAUUUGAACUUUGUCAUCAAGUGCUAAAUAAGUGCAAUAUUGUUGUUAAUUUAUCUAUAGUACAUGUAUGUUGUAGCUACCUUACUUUUAAUUUAUGGUAUACAUGCCUACAUGUAUAUGUUUGUAAAUACAUGAAGUAACCAAAUUUACUGUUGAAUAUGAUGCAGUCAUUCUACGUAUAUAAAUAUGCCUGCAUGCAUAUGUUAUAGUGAAAUGUAUAUAUUAAAAAAUUAAAAUCAUUUCAACUGAUGGAAUUUAUACUUUACCUGUAUGUUAACAUAUCCAAAGGCAUUAUUUGGCCAAAAAAAUGAAAAAUAUGUCAGUUUAUCUGCUAUGAAUAAGAACAAGAUGACUGUUCUGUUCAAUGUUCAUCUAAAAUUGCUAGCAAUGACCUGUUGAAUUCAUUCUCUAUCUUUUUGUUACUUUUGAAUGUUGUUUGUUUUAUACAUGAAGGUACACAAUUUUUUUUUCAUUUUUUACAACCCUGAGAGCAGCAGACAGUUCUAUAACUUCUAUUUAGUUCAGCAUUUUGUCUUAAACACAAAUGUUAAACCAAACAUCUACUAAAUCGUACAAUGUUUUAUUAUUUUCUGAAUAUUUUUCACCGUGGCAGUAGAUCAUUCGAUUAUUACAAGUUUUAAUUUUUAUAAGAUGUGUAUGAAAAAGCAGUUUUGUAUGAAAUUUUAAGCUUCCCUCCUUUUAUCACCAAAGCAGUUCUAUUUGGUAGCGCCAAAAUCACUAAUAUUUAUUUAGUUUGACCUCUUGGCAGUUUAUCCAUCAUUUUAAAACACUUUAAAUAAUAUCAUGUACAUGUCUGUCCUCAACAGUAUUUUAUUCAUACAUGUAUGUAGCUUUAUAUAAAAAUUUACAUGCACAGAAAUAUUUAAAUAUGAUAAUCUAAUAAUUCAAAACAGUAGUCCCAACAACUUGUGUUCAUAAAAUGAUAAGGUGCUUUAUAGUCAUGUACAUGUAAUUCUGUAGUUGAGAGACAGCUAGUAACUGCAAGGACUUUGUCAUAAAAUCAUGCAUGAAAUCAAUCCGAGAUCAUGUAUGCCUUAAUGGGGGAGGGGUGAAUUUUUUUCAUAGGAUUUAAUAUACAGAGAUAAAUCUUCUCAAAAACCAUUUAACCAAAAAAGCUGUAACUAGUGUGGAAGCAUCCUCAGACAGAGUAGAUUCAAGUUAGUUCAAAUCAUAUCAUGAUCCCCCAAAAGGGGGGGGGGGGGCGAUGGUUGAAUUAUACAUUGGAAAAUUUUUAAAUUAUUUUCGGAAAUUCAAAUGUAAUAAUAUAUGGUAUUACUUCUAUUCAAGCAUCUUGUCAUAUUAUUGAUUUUUAUUCUCAGUUAUAGUCUGUGGCCCAUUGACAAUUCUUGGGCCCCACAAGGGAUUCAAAGUUUGAUGUAGGUUUAUAUAUACAUGAGCAAUAAAAUUGUUUAAGGUCUUCUCGAGAACCACAAUGCUCAAUAAGUAAUAUGACUUUGAAUUCAUAGCGUUACAAAAGGGGCUAAAUAUUUAACAAAAAUAUCUGGGGGGAAAUUUGAAAAUCUUUUUAUACAAGAUCAAUAAUACUACAUUGUCCAGAUAUUUUGUAUAUGACACCAUAAAGCUGAUUUUAUCAUGACUGUCGUUACUCAGGUGAGUGAUUUGGCCCAUGGGCCCCUUGUUUUAAGUCAAUUUAGGCCAUUUUCAAUCAAUUUGUGGAUAUAGGAAAAUCACACAAUGAAAGAGUUCUGAGGUAUGAGGUAGUAUCCCUAUGGAGGGGAUGAAAUUUAAAAAGGUAUAAACAAACAAACAUACAUAUUAUCAUUUUUUUUAACAUAUUUAGUGUUAAGAUUCAAUUUCUUAAAAGUUCAAUUAUCUUAAAUCUUUUGUAUAUUGACAUUCCUAAUAUGAACCAGAAGCUCAAAUUCAAAGUACUUUAGUAGAUUACAGACUUAAGAUUAUUAACCUCAAGACAUUGUAACAUUUCUAGCUUUGCCAAUGAUCAUAAUUGGUUGAAAUAGUUUUAAAACGUUAUGUUGAACAGGUUACAGUUGUAUAACUAUAUUGUAGAAUAGCUUGUACCACUUGAAGACUUUUCAUAAACCAAGAAUAAAUAGUGAGUAUAAGGGGAAUGUUAAUAUGGAGGCAGGCUGUAACUGUUUGGUGCUCUUUGUAAUUUUUUUCUAAUGUGUAAUACAUGUACAAUGUAGAGACAUUUAUGUUGAUAAAAUAACUUAUCCUAACAGUGUGUGGUAUUCAUGUAUAUGAUCAAUUUGUAGAAAGUAGAGUCUGAAAAUUUUCGUUAAUUAAUGUUGAUGAAAGGUACAUAUAUGCGUACUUGAAGAUUAUUCUGUUUGAUAUUGUGAUGUAGGAGUGUGUCUCGUUGCAUCUUUAUACCGCAAUGAAUAAAAUACUAACUCUAUUUCUGGCAAUAUUUGCGAGAUUUUUUACUCAGCAGCAAUUUUAUUUCCCACCAGAAUAAAAACACACAAAUUACUGUUCAUAAUUUUUAAAGUCACUUUACUGUCUUUCAUCAAAUUAGAUAUCUUAUUUUCCAAUUAUAUAUUUCAACAUCAAAUAAAAUUCUUGUUCUGUUUUAUGUCUAAAGCGAAUACCAUGGUCUAAAAUUUAAUUAAGUAGAGUAAGUAAAAAGCCCUAUAUAUUGUGUUGAUGUUAUUCAGGCACAUAAUUCUAAACUUAUGAGAUAUUAAAUGGAUAUCAAAUAGCAAAUAUGCUUAAAUGUCAAAAAACUAAUAUGAAUUACUUUUUGAUUUAAAAGUAAAAAGAGUUAUUGAAUCAGAAGACUCAUUAUUAUUUUGCAUGUCUCUAUUUUGUUUGCUUGGUAAAUUGGAAGAAAAACAUCUUUGAACAUCUCCAAUAGAAAUUCAGGGAAAACAACAAAUACACACAUCCAUAGACCUUUCUAUCCUCAACUCAUUUCGAGAGUCUUUUUACAACAAUCUUCUUUGAUCCACCCACCUGAAAUUCCUAGAGUGUGUUUGUAUUAUUGAAGAUAUCUUUUGAUAGUCUUCUCACACAAAUGUUGACGUAUAUUAGUUUUAAUUGAGAUCUUUAUGUUGUGCAAUAAGCAGAAACAACACUUUGUUGUCAGUGUUGUUGCGUUGUCCUUGUUGAUUUAUAACAACAUUUUUACAAUGAUUUGUUAAGGAUUGUACUGAAAUUCCAUAUCUAUUUUUUCUGUUAUUUUAUAUAAGUUGUUGAUUGUUUUUUACUCAGUUCUUUUGUAAAUUACAUCAAUUUGUACAUUAUUGUUCAACAUUGAUAGUUUAUUAAAUGAUUCAUCUAGGUAGCAAAGUGAACAA